AUGUCAGACUCGGAGGAUGACUUCAUGUCGGACAAGUUCCUCGUCGACGCUCCCACUGCCCCCACGAAAACGCACACUCAGCAGCGAGCUGCAGAUCAACUCAAAGCGCAACGACGAGGCCAGGCGAAGAAUCAGCCCAAACUCGUCCAGCUAGAGAAGGAACGGCGGACCGAGGGGCUGAGUCGAAGCCUGUUCGACAGCGCGUCCGCUGAGGCAUCGGGCUCGGCUUCUGAAUCUGGCGCGGGAUUGAGUGCAGGCGGCAAUAAGGCGAUGGCGAUGAUGCAGAAGAUGGGAUGGAAAGUUGGGGAAGGGCUGGGACGGCAGCGAUCCUCAUCGCCCCCGCAUGGGCAGAAGAGGGGACACGAUGAGGCGGAGGAAGAGGACGAGGCGCCAAGAAGAGGGAUCGGAGCAGCUCGACCGGCACAAGCCAAGCAGCCGCGUAUAGAGCCGAUACGAGUCUCGCUCUGGGCCGGACGGAAGGGUCUUUCAGCGCGAUCGCCCUCACCGCCUCCGCUUCCGCCGUCUUCGGGUCGGAACGUCGAUCAUCUAGACCCGGAGAAGCUGGCAAGACUAGGAAAGGAGACGGAUAGCUUUCGGGAGUUUAACAGGCGGCAAUUUGGGAGUAAGGACAUGCAGCGGAAGGCGGCCAAGGCUAGGGAUCUGCUGGUUGGCUUUGACAAGGAGACGGAAGUGAAAUUCCAUCCGCUACACGUACUCCCCUUCGACCCCUUAUCUACCCUACCUCGUCCCCUCCUCAUCCUCAUCUACCCAGCCCAAGCUCUCGCGUUAUCGCCCUCACCGCCUCCCGCUGCCGGACCGGAACGAUCGCCCAGCCCACCUCCUCUCUUCGCAUCGCGAGAAAAGCCUCUUACCGCAGCCGAAAAGGUGCGCGAGCAGAUGCGGCGUGACAUGCUGUCGAGCUUGGACGAAGGGGAGGAAGACCCGAUCAUGAAGCGGAAGCGAGAGCUGGGGUUGCUGGAUGGUGGCGAGAAAGUCGAGGAUGGGCAGGCAGAUAAGGGGGACUGGAAGGGUGUGAUGUGGCAGGAUGAGGUGUCGGGGACGAAGAAGGUCUUGUCGAUGGAUACCGAAUCGUACUUCACGUUUCUACUGUCCCAGCUGAGGCACGAGCACCUGUUCUGCUUCUGGUGUGGAUACAAAUAUGGCAGCUAUGAGGAGAUGGAGGGCGCAGGUGGAUGUCCGGGUACGGAGGAGGACGAUCAUUGA